AUGUCUGAACCACUCACCAAGAUUGACUCGGCCAUCGAGAUAUCCCCCAAGGAUGAGAAGGCCCCCGACAAGGAUGCCAAGAAGACUCACAGACGUACCUCUUCCCAUGCUGAGGGUAUCUACAACAUCAAGGAACUUGAGGACAAGAAGAUCGAGCUUACCCUUCCAAUCGAAACCCAGAAGACUGGAUGGAAAUUGAACACCUCACCAACGUCCAUUGAGGACAAGGAUAUCCUAAAACUUCAUCUGGUCAACCCCCCGGUCAAGAAGAUCGAUCUGCACUUCCCACUAGGGCUCGAAGUCACCGCUCGCAAUAUGAAGGGCGUCACGAUAAAGGAUGCGCUGGACGCAAUCUACAAGCAGUUCAAGAAGAAGGCCGACGAUGAGUUGGACAAGCCUUACCUCGCUGGUUUCGAGUGGGACAAGGACGAGUGCUGGACACGCCUCAUUGUUCACCAGACCAAGCAGGGCCCUCCUCAACAGCCCAGCAAGAAGUCCAAGAAGAAGAAGGCUGAAGAGGCAUAG